CAAAUAAAUGAAUAAUAUUUAUCAGUAAGCUGUGAAAGUAUUUUCGAUGAAUGUAUGAACAAGAUUCUCAACCAUCUUUCACUAAGAGUGAUUUUGUACGUAAGUUCUUUUUCUGUUUUCCUCCUCUUUCUUCUCCAAUGGCUUUCCGAGAGACAUCAGAUUCUGCACAGACCAUUGGAUCCGACCGGACGUUGGAUCUUGAAUCGGGAACGAUCCAUGAGCUGGACAAAUCGGCUCCUGGGAUGUGGCAGUUUCCUACAAUCCCCGACAUCUGCUGUAUCUACAGAGUCCCAUACAGUAUGCGUCAACUAGACCCAGAAUCAUACAUACCUCAGUUCGUUAUCAUUGGACCUCUCCAUCGUUCUUUAAAAUCUCAAGCUCUCAAGUGUCUUGGAGAUAUCACAAACACAAAGUCCAUAGGCUACUUGAACAUGGAGGAGCAUAAGAAGAUUUACUUAGAGAAAUUCUCACAGAGGGUUGGAGGGAAGAAAGCCAUUGAUGGAUUCAGGAGAAUAAUCGAAGAAGACGAAGAGAUGAUAAGGGCAAGCUAUUCGGAAUCAACGACUUGGAUUCCAUCUCAAGAGUUUGUGGACAUGAUCCUACACGACUCUGUUUUUAUACUAGAGUUCAUUUUGCGGAUUUCUGAACAAGGGACAACGAAAAGAGGGGAUCCUCUCAUAGACCAGCACACUCUUUCAAUCACAGUCAGAAAUGAUCUCUUGCUGCUCGAGAACCAGCUUCCUUACUUCAUCCUCGAGAAACUCUUCGAUCCAGUUGUUCCAAUACUCCGCCCGAACGAGACAUUCCGCGAAUUAGUUAUCGAUGAUCUCUUUGGAUUCGAUACCAAAGUUGGAAACAACUCAAAGUUCAGACAUUUCACUGAUCUGAAUAGGUGUGUCUACGUGGAAACGCUUCCAGAGCAUGGUAAAGGAUCUUUCCCUGAAAUGGAAUAUGUGCAUAAUGCGGAUAAGUUAGAUAGAGGGGGAAUAAAAUUUAAGGCAGUUGAAGAAGAUCUCUUGCUGGAUGUGAGAUUUGUAAAUGGUUGUUUGAAGAUACCGUGUCUCUACAUUCAUGCAGAUACGGAGAAAAUACUGAGGAACGUAAUGGCACUUGAACAAUGCCACUACCCUGACGAAGUCCACGUCUCUAACUAUUUUGUCUUCCUGGCGUCCCUCAUUGACACUGAUAAAGACGUUGACUUGUUUGUCGAGAAAGGGAUAAUAAAGAAUUGGAUAGGGCAACACCGUUUGGUAGCGGAUGUGGUGAACAGGCUCAGUUUGGGCGUUACCAUCGAAGAUUCUUACUAUUCUAAUAUAGUUAAUGAAGUAAACGCUUACUAUUCAAGUCCAGUCAAUAGUUCACUCGCCAUCCUCAAGCGAGUGUACUUCGGUAACAUGUGGACAGGGACGGCCACUGUUGCCGCCACGUUACUACUGUUGAUGACUCUCAUCCAGACAGUGGCUUCGGUCAUUCAGGCCAUGCAGUGAGACGACCCCGUUGCAUUUAUCUCAAGUUUUAGUCUUGUAUGGUUACAUUGUGAUUUAUGAAGUUGUAGAAUUCGAUUGUAUCCAGAAGCUUAUUUGGCUUAUGAGUUAUGAAGUAUCUUCUCUAGAAAUUUUAAUGUAAUAAUUGAUUGUAUCCCGA